AUGAACGGCAUAGAAGAAAUACAUCUUCCACCGCGUAAUCAACAUAAAACUAUACCAGUACCUGCUAAUCAUUUGGUUUCUGUAAAACAUAAUCGCUGGAAUGCGCGCUUUAAAAUUUGGAUUGGAGUUUGUACAGUGAUUGGUAUAGCUACAUUUCUGACUGCAGUACUUAUACCCAUACUUCUUAUCAAUGUCAAAUCAACAAUCUCUGCAACGUCAACAAAAACAAGCGUAACAUCAACAACAACCACCACAACAACGUCAAUAACAACAACAACCGCUACAACAUCAACAAAAACAACAUCAACAUCCACAACAAUCAGCACAACAACGUCAACUACAACACCUGCAGAAACCGCCACUACCACAGGAUGUUAUUAUGGUGGAGAUCUUGUUAGUUUGGUCGAAGGUGGACAACGUCAUAUAAAAAAUUUAAAAGUUGGAGAUAAAAUUUGGUCAAUUAAUGAUCAUAAUUUUGAACUUGUUGAAGAUGAAAUUGUUUUAAUGAUGCAUAAUGAACCAAGUCAAAAAGCUAUGUUUUAUACAUUUCAAAGUGUUGAAGGUGGUCAAUUUAGUUUAACAGGCUCUCACACCCUACCUGUAUUUGAUACAAUAAGAAAUGAAAUAACAAUGAAACGUGCAGACUCAGUAACUAUGCAAGAUCGUUUAAUUAUGUUUGGUAAAACAGUGGAAAUAACAAAUAUCUCAAUAACAGUUAGUCAAGGUUUUUAUGCUCCACUUACAUUAACUGGUUAUUUAAUGGUUAAUAAUGUAUCAACAUCAGUCUUUUCUGCAAAUUAUAAAGUUUCAUCAGCAACACUACAGUUAGGAUUUUUACCAAUUCGUAUUUAUUAUCAUAUAACACGAUGGAUAUAUGGAAAUAAAUAUAAUCCAUUUGUAGAAAUACAAGAAGGUUUACAUCCAAUCCCUCAUUUUUAUAAACAACAGCAAGUUAAAUUAAGAUUUUUUGUACUUAAAUUACCAAAACUUUUUUUUUCAACUAUUAUUAUCGUUAUUAUUGUACAUUUUAUUCAAAAAUGGACAAGUAAAUUAUUAUUAAAACACAAAUAA